AUUUCAAAAAACAAGUAAAAUAAGCCCAUAAAUAUACAUGAACAAUGAAGUGGGCUAAAUUGGUAUUGGAGAUGAAAACGACGACGUCGUCGUCGUCGUCGUCAACGAACAUUUAAUUUAAGUAGAAGCAAGCAGAAGAGCAGCGCCAUAAAAUAAAAUUCUCUCUUUAGUUAAAAUUUAGAAGUUAGAAUAAAGAGAACAAAAAGAUUCACCCUGAUUUUUUAUUAUUUGCAGAAGAACGGCCAAGGCCAACGUCUGUGGUCCGUCAUUUUGUGCUGAAUAAGCUGCGGAAGUAGAUUAAUCUCUUUCAAUAAGGUUUUGAAGUAUAAAACACCGGAAACGGCAUCGUUUUUCUAAGCUCAAUGAUCUCUAUCACCUCCGCCGAACUCAACUACAUAGUCUUCCGUUAUCUCCACGAAUCAGGCUUUACACACUCAGCUUUUGCUUUUGGAUGUGAAGCGGGUAUUAACAAAAGCACAAUUGAUGGCGACAUAGUUCCACCUGGUGCACUUGUUACAUUUGUGCAGAAAGGACUUCAAUACCUCGAGCUUGAGGCAAACUCUGGCAACGUUGAGGCUGAUGUAGAUGAAGAUUUCUCAUUUAUACAACCCUUGGAUCUUAUCACGAAAGAUGUCUAUGAACUGCAGAAGAUCAUUAAAAAGAAAAAGGAGGGUAUGAAUAUCGAUAUGGUUAAAACAGUUGAGAAAGACAAUGAGAAUGAGCAGAAAAUAGAACAAGAUCGCUCACAGGAAGGAGAGGCGGAAAAAGUGAAGGAACAAGAAGAACAAAAUGAUAAAGAGAUAAUAAUGAAGGAUUUGGAGGAAGAUAAGGGAAGACCGGAGCCGGAUAAAAAAUUGGAUGAGAAGUCUGAAGAUAAGGCUAACGUUGAACUUGAAGAAAAGCCUGCAGAAUGCAAUGGACCAGAGCCAAUGGAAAUCUCUACAACUCCAUUAUUUCCUUUAGAACUUCCUAGUUCUGACAUAACAAUUCUAGAAGGGCACACUUCAGAGGUUUUUGCGUGUGCAUGGAGUCCUUCUGGUUCACUUCUUGCGUCUGGGUCUGGAGAUUCAACAGCUCGAAUUUGGACCAUGGCAGAUGCAACUUCAGAAUCUGUCAUGCAAAAUGACUCUACUACAACUUCCGUUGUCUUGAAGCAUUUCAAAGGUAAAACCAACGAGAAAAGCAAGGAUGUGACGACACUAGAUUGGAAUGGUGAUGGGACAUUACUUGCAACAGGCUCUUAUGAUGGACAAGCAAGGAUAUGGAGUAGAGAUGGGGAGUUGAGGAGUACGCUGAACAAACAUAAAGGUCCUAUCUUUUCUCUGAAGUGGAACAAGAAGGGUGAUUAUCUUCUUAGUGGCAGUGUGGAUAAAACUGCAAUAGUGUGGGACGUAAAGACUGGAGAAUGUAAACAACAAUUUGAAUGUCAUUCAGCUCCUACACUAGAUGUUGACUGGCGAAACAAUGUUUCAUUUGCUUCAUGCUCUACUGAUACUACAAUACAUGUUUGCAAGGUUGGAGAGAAACUACCAUUGAAAACUUUCUCAGGACAUCAGGGUGAAGUUAAUGCCAUUAAAUGGGAUCCAACCGGUACAUUAUUGGCUUCUUGUUCCGAUGAUUUUACUGCAAAGAUAUGGAGUUUGAAACAAGACAAGCACUUGCAUGAUUUGAGGGAACACACUAAGGAGAUUUAUACUAUUCGGUGGAGUCCUACUGGACCAGGCACAAUCAAUCCUAACCAUCAGUUAGUGUUAGCAAGCGCUUCAUUUGACUCUACAAUAAAGCUAUGGGAUGUAGAACAAGGAAAACUACUCUACAGCUUCAAUGGCCACAGGGAUCCUGUGUACUCUGUGGCAUUCAGCCCAAAUGGGGAGUACUUAGCCAGCGGAUCUAUGGACAAAUGCAUGCACAUAUGGUCUGUCAAAGAAGGUGAAAUUGUAAAAUCUUACACCGGAAAUGGUGGAAUUUUUGAAGUCUGUUGGAAUAAGGAAGGUAAUAAGGUUGCUGCUUGCUUUGCUAACAACCAAGUCUGCAUUUUGGAUUUUCGAAUGUAGAAGUUGGAUUAUUCAUAUCAUAUUUGUUCACUUCAUUGGAUUGUAUGUGUUUGUUUAUUCUUGUAAUAUACCAUUUUUGUUAAUUUUGGGGACACAACA